AUGAAAGUCCCGUCGCACCUCCUGCCCGACCUCGAGGGCGGUGACUUGAAUGUACCACUGAAAGGGUACACAUACACGUCAAGCCAUUCCCUUGCUCAUCUACGAGACCAUAAAGCACUACGGAUCGGCUGCUGUCUGAGUGUGUGGUACCUCUUUUCGAUGUGUGCCACAUUUAUUAACAAAGUCCUGAUCAAGGAACAUCACGUGUCGGCCGAGAUGCUCACGAUGUGCCAUCUGUUUGUCAGCAUCCUUCUGGACUUUGUGGUACUGACGUUUCCAAGCUCGCCAAGCAAUGCCAGUGCCUGGCGUAUGCAGAGUCUUCGCAUGCGCAGCAUCUUGUGGAUCGUACCACUCAGUUUCUUUUCGGUCUUGGCCAAAAUGUUGACGUACUGGAGCUACAACGUCGUGCCCGUGUCCAUCACACAAACUUGCAAAGCGUCGCAGCCUUUUUUCAACGUCGUGUUGGCUUACGUGGCCUACCGCUCGCGGUUCUCAGUGGCCACGUACUUGACGCUGGUCCCGAUCGUCUUUGGUGUUGUCAUGGCGUCCGUGUCGGAAAUGGGCAUCAAUGACCUGGCCUUCUCGGGCACGGUGUUUGCUGUAACGUCUGCGUUGUUGGGUGUUAUGCAGAGUAUGUAUGCCAAGUUUCUGUUGCGUCGCCGAAUUGUGGUCGAUACCGCGAACCUGCACUUUUACAGUGCGUUUGUGUCGUUUGCGAUCAACGCACCAUUCGUACUCAAGUCGGCGCGAGCUCACCAGGACAAUUUUGUCGCGAGUUUUCCGUUUGGCAAGGUGCUGCUGUGCAGCAUGAUGCACUUUGUCGGGAGUUUCUGCUCGUCGUGGGUGCUGGGCGAGGUCACGGAGCUCACAUUCUCCAUCAUGAGUACAAUGAAGCGAGUGGUCGUCAUCCUUAGCGCCGUGCUGUACUUUGGCAACCCAGUUACGUUCCAGUCGGUUCUUGGCAUGGCACUCGCGAUUGGCGGUGUGGCGGGCUACCAGCUCAUGAAGGUUACCGAAAAGGGAUCAAAGAUGCUGCCGCUACCAUUUACGGUGAAAACAUCCGAGUAA